CGGGAAGCCGGCGAGGUCGAUUCCGCCCGACUCUAACAUGGCGGCGCCCUUUGUCUGCUCUGAAGUGCCGUCUCCGGCCUUCUCGCGGCCGUGAUGCACCUCCCUCUGUGGUGGGGUCCGGGACAUGGCAGGUCCUGAGCUGGAAGAGGGGAGCCAACCUGGAGUUUACACAGACAGACUGUCAGAAAAGCGUGGCUUGGGCUGUUUGGAAAUCUGAGCAUGGCCAGAUCCUGGUUGGAGUCCUGUUGCUGUGGAGUAGACAAGACAGGAGACAGGAGACAGUCGGAGGGGUGCUGUGAUCAUCUGAGAGCAUUGCUCACAGGCUGGGGGGAAAUGCCUGGGUCUACCUGGUGAAGGCUGGUGCCCCCACGCUCACGCCACAUCGCCUCAGGGAGAGAAGGAGUUGUGUGAGCUGUUCGCAGGCAGCCAGCUGGUGGAGCCAUGGAUUUCCCCCAGCACAGCCAGCACGUCCUGGAGCAGCUGAACCAGCAGCGGCAGCUGGGGCUCCUGUGUGACUGCACUUUCGUGGUGGACGGGGUUGACUUUAAGGCCCAUAAAGCGGUGCUGGCUGCCUGCAGCGAGUACUUCAAGAUGCUCUUCGCGGACCAGAAGGACGUGGUGCAUCUGGACAUCAGUAACGCGGCAGGCCUGGGCCAGGUGCUGGAGUUCAUGUACACGGCCAAGCUGAGCCUGAGCCCUGAGAACGUGGACGAUGUGCUGGCCGUGGCCAGCUUCCUCCAGAUGCAGGACAUCAUCACGGCCUGCCACACCCUCAAGUCAAUCGCUGAGCCAGCCACCAGCCCCGGGGAAAACAUAGAGGCUGCAGCCACGGAAGGAGGGGACAGGAGAGCCAAGGGGGAGAAGGCUGCUGCCACCACGCUGAGCGAGGUGGACCAAGCGGGAAGCAGUCCAUUGGCAGGCCCAGGCAGGGAGCCCAAGGAGGAACGAGGCGGGCAGGCCGAGAGUGCGGCCAGCGGGGCAGAGCAGACGGAGAAGGCUGAUGCCCCCCGGGAGCCGCCGCCUGUGGAGCUCAAGCCAGACCCCACCAGCGGCAUGGCUGCUGCCGAGGCCGAGGCCGCCUUGUCAGAGAGCUCUGAGCAAGAGAUGGAGGUGGAGCCAGCAAGGAAAGGAGAAGUCGAGCAAGAGGUGGAUGGUGCUGGGCCGGCCGCGGUCAAGGAGGAGGGACCCCAGCUGGAGAAUGGCGAGGACAAUGAGGAGUCCGCGGGCACGGACUCGGGCCAGGAGCUCAGUGUGGAGGCCCGGAGCCUGCGCUCAGGCACCUAUGGCGACCGGACUGAGUCCAAGGCCUACGGCUCCGUCAUCCACAAGUGCGAGGACUGUGGGAAGGAGUUUACGCACACGGGGAACUUCAAGCGGCACAUCCGCAUCCACACAGGCGAGAAGCCCUUCUCGUGCCGGGAGUGCAGCAAGGCUUUCUCCGACCCGGCCGCCUGCAAGGCCCACGAGAAGACACACAGCCCGCUGAAGCCUUAUGGCUGUGAGGAAUGCGGCAAGAGCUACCGGCUCAUCAGCCUGCUGAACCUGCACAAGAAGCGGCACUCGGGCGAGGCGCGCUACCGCUGCGAGGACUGCGGCAAGCUCUUCACCACCUCUGGCAACCUCAAGCGGCACCAGCUGGUGCACAGCGGCGAGAAGCCUUACCAGUGCGACUACUGUGGCCGUUCCUUCUCCGACCCCACCUCCAAGAUGCGCCACCUGGAGACCCAUGACACUGACAAGGAGCACAAGUGCCCACACUGUGACAAGAAGUUCAACCAGGUGGGGAAUCUGAAGGCCCACCUGAAGAUCCACAUCGCAGAUGGGCCCCUCAAGUGCCGAGAGUGUGGGAAGCAGUUCACCACCUCAGGGAACCUCAAGCGGCACCUUCGGAUCCACAGUGGGGAGAAGCCCUACGUGUGCAUCCAUUGCCAGCGGCAGUUUGCGGACCCCGGCGCACUGCAGCGGCACGUCCGGAUCCACACGGGUGAGAAGCCGUGCCAGUGCGUGAUGUGUGGCAAGGCCUUCACCCAGGCCAGCUCCCUCAUCGCCCACGUGCGCCAGCACACUGGCGAGAAGCCCUACGUCUGCGAGCGCUGCGGCAAGAGAUUUGUCCAGUCCAGCCAGCUGGCCAAUCACAUUCGCCACCAUGACAAUAUCCGCCCCCACAAGUGCAGCGUGUGCAGCAAAGCCUUCGUCAACGUGGGGGACCUGUCCAAGCACAUCAUCAUCCACACUGGAGAGAAGCCUUACCUUUGUGACAAAUGUGGUCGUGGCUUCAACCGGGUGGACAACCUGCGUUCCCACGUGAAGACUGUGCACCAGGGCAAGGCAGGCAUCAAAAUCCUGGAGCCAGAGGAGGGUGGAGAGGUCAGCGUGGUCACAGUUGAUGACAUGGUCACGCUGGCCACCGAAGCACUGGCAGCAACGGCCGUCACUCAGCUUACAGUGGUACCGGUGGGGGCUGCAGUGACAGCUGAUGAGACAGAAGCACUUAAAGCCGAGAUCACCAAAGCUGUGAAGCAAGUACAGGAAGCAGACCCCAACACCCAGAUUCUCUACGCCUGUGACUCCUGUGGGGAGAAGUUCCUGGAUGCUAACAGCCUGGCCCAGCACGUGCGGAUCCACACGGCCCAGGCCCUGGUCAUGUUCCAGGCGGACACGGACUUCUACCAGCAGUAUGGACCAGGCGGCACGUGGCCCGCCGGGCAGGUGCUGCAGGCCGGGGAGCUGCUCUUCCGCCCUCGGGAUGGGGCUGAGGGCCCACCUGCUCUAGCAGAGACCCCACCUGCAGUCCCGAACUGAAAAGGGUGGCUCGGCUUCCUAGAGAAUAAAUUUGAUUAUUUUCUAAUGCUGCCUAGAGCUCCCUGUGGUGGGAAAGGGGGGUAGCUGGAGAGCUGGCAGCUAUGGCUGAUGCCAUGGAAGAGCUACCCAGCCAACAGACCUGCUUCUUGGAAAAGCCCGGCUGUUCCUCCUGCGGACCUGUCUAGAACCUGCUUUGCUGAGUUUGGGUGUGGGCAGCACAUAAGGGCAGAGAGACCAAGGUGCCACAUAGCCCGCACAGGCUCCUCUUGGGAGGUGUCUCAUCUGUUCAACUUUAGGAUCCGACCUUCUCUCGCCCCCAUGGAGCAGAGCUUUGACCUUGCCCCCGCUAGGCUUACGGGGUUGAAAAACUGGGAGAAGGGGCCAGCAGGGCCUCGCCAGGACCCAGGCAACCCAGCGAGACCCCAGCCCUAAGGCCACUUCUGGCAGGCUCAGCUCAGGGCCUGUUCAGAGCACCAAGGCAAGCAGAGAGCAAGGCCCAGCAGAUGCCGGCCCAGUCCCGUGGGCCUGGGGAGGCAGGAGGGCUUUUCUGCACUUGGCUGCACCAGCUUUUUGGGAACAUUUACUUGCCCUAAAUCAAUGGAGUGUCUAUAGCCAGGCUGGGUCCCCUGGAGGGCCAGCUAUGAGCAGCUAGGAGCUCUGACGGGAGAUAAGGACCACAGCGCCGUUACUAGGACCAGCCAGCAGGGGCCAGUGGAGCGGCUCCUUUGGGGGCUCAUUUCUGCUCUGUCAGCAGCGAGAUCCAUUUCUGCCCCCGUUUUCCUACAGUUUGCCCCCAGCAGCUGUAACACCUCACUCAGAGAUAUACCAUCUUCUUGCGCUGGAAGUGUGUCUAUUUGUAGGAGCCCCACUGGAUACUGUUGAGUAGCCCCCACUUCCCUGCCCUCCCACCUCCCCAGCUUGUAGUGGUUCUAGCAGAGGGGAGCCUUUCCUACCCGCUCCUGCCUCCUGUCCAGAGGCAGGUACAGGAUUACCUGCACCGCAAGGAGCACAGCAGGCCAGGCUCUGCCCGCUGCUCUGGGAGAAGGGAAGGGGCAAGAGACAAGAAACCAAAGCGUGAAUAAGAGGUGUGGCGUUUGUGUGGGGGUAGUUUAGUCUGUAACCAAUUUGAAGUGCCUUCAGCAUUACCUAAGAGCCAAUCAGAACCUUUUAGUUUCAAAAAUCAUUUACACCACAACAGUGAAAAAUGGUUCAAGUUCAGCAUCUGUGAGAGACAUUUCUUUGUGCGAGAGCCAUCAGUCUUCGGGGAGGACAGAUGAAAGGGCAGAAAAGCAGCAGGUCCCAUGUACAGACGUGGGGGGAGAGAUGGGGACAGCGCGGGGGGGAUUUGAGACAAGCAGAGCGAGACCCAAGUGACAAUCACACUCAUACUUGACAUGUUUUGUAUUUUUUAAUAAAGUUUGUAAUCCAAUGGACACACAAAACAAAACUGCGCUGAGAAAAACAGUUUCAUAAAUUAAUAAGUGUUAGGAAGUUGGGGGAGGUCCAGGUAAAGGAGGAGACCAGCCAGUCUUUUUACAGGUGCUGAGUGACACUUCCACGUCACAGGGCAGGCCUGUGCUGUGACGAAGCGCACUUGUACAAAUGAGUGACAAUACAAAGUCUGAGUAUGAAAAUAAGAUUUUUUCUGAAAACACAUUUUUGGCACAGAUUAAAAAAAAUGUAUGUCGGGGAAAUUUGAUUUUUUAAGUCAGUAUUAUAUAUAUUUAUAUAUAUUAUAUAUUUAUAUAUACACACAUCCCGAGUUCUGCAUAUCCCACCAAGAAAGAAAAUGAGCUAUCCUUCUGUUUGCCCUUUGCAAGUGUAAACUGUACAUCCAGGUGCCUCACAGAUGGUGGCGGCAGAGAAUGAAGAAAGGUGACAUCCAAAUGAGCAUGGGAAGGAAGGAGCGGGGACCAAAAAACCCAAUGAAAUGUUCCUCGACCCCAAGGUUCCAGCAGAAGUUGGAAGUCCUGCGUGAGUCUGCAAUGUGUGUUCACGUACACCAAACAUCCAGAGAGUCACAGCCUGUCUUCACUGUGCAAAGUCCAAGUCACUAAUUUAGUGCAAAGGCAGUUCCAUUUUCUUGUUUCUUAAAAACAAAAAAAAAAAAUUCCACUGCCCUGUUCCUUUUCUCCAAAGAG